ACCCUCAGCUCCAUGCCUGCCGGAACCCACACAUCACUCGCUAGUCGCUAGCUAGCGUGCAGCUGCAGCGCACCGGGCACAAGGACGACGACCACGACCCCAAGCCAAAGGCCAGCAUGAGCUCGCCACCUCUGCUCGGCAAGGAGGGCCUCAAGGCCGCGUACUGCCGCGUCGUCGUGACGGUGCCGCUCGCCGCAGCCGCCCUCGUCGCCGUGGCGCGGCUCGGGCCCGAGGAGCUCGCCGGCCGGGUCCGGGACGCGCGGCCGGUGCACCUCUUCCUGGCAGCGUUCCUCCCGGCCGCGGCGGCGACCGUGUACCUGAUGCUCCGCCCGCGCGCGGUGUACCUGGUCGACUACGCCUGCUUCCGGACGGCGUCCAACUGCCGCGUGCCCUUCUCCACCUUCCUGGAGCACGCCAAGCAGGUGCCGGUGCUCAACGAGCGCAGCAUCCGGUUCAUGACCAAGCUGCUGGAGCGGUCGGGGCUCGGGGAGGAGACGUGCCUGCCGCCGGCGCACCACUACAUCCCGCCCUACAAGUACUGCACCCUCGACGCGGCGCGCGGCGAGGUGGACCUCGUCGUGUUCGGGGCGCUCGACGACCUGUUCGCCAAGACGGGGGUCAGCCCCGGCGACAUCGACAUCCUCGUCGUGAACUGCAGCCUCUUCUGCCCGACCCCGUCCUUCGUCGACAUGAUCAUCAACAGGUACAAGCUGCGCAGCGACAUCCGGAGCACGCACCUCUCCGGGAUGGGGUGCAGCGCGGGGCUCGUCUCCGUGGGGCUCGCCCGGAACCUCCUCCAGGUGGCUCCCAGAGGCGCGCACGCGCUGGUGGUGUCGACGGAGACCAUCACGCCCAACUACUACGUGGGCAGCGAGCGCGCCAUGCUCCUGCCCAACUGCCUCUUCCGGAUCGGCGGCGCGGCGGCGCUGCUGUCCAACUCCCCCGCGAAGGCCCGGUUCCGGCUCAGGCACGUCGUGCGCACGCUCACCGGCGCGCAGGACAGCGCGUACACGUGCGUGUUCCAGGAGGAGGACGACAGGGGAAACGUCGGGAUCAACCUGAACAAGGACCUGAUGACCAUCGCCGGGAACGCGCUCAAGGCCAACAUCACCGCCAUCGGGCCCCUCGUGCUCCCGGCCUCUGAGCAGCUCCUGUUCGCGCUCUCCUUCAUCGUGCGCAAGGUGCUCAGCGGGAAGUUCAAGCCGUACAUCCCCGACUUCCGCACGGCCUUCGACCACUUCUGCAUCCACGCCGGCGGCCGCGCCGUCAUCGACGAGCUGCAGCGCAGCCUCAACCUGUCGGAUCAGCAGGUGGAGGCAUCGCGGAUGGCGCUGCACCGGUUCGGGAACACGUCAAGCAGCUCGCUCUGGUACGAGCUGGCCUACAUCGAGGCCAAGGGACGGAUGCGGAAAGGUGACCGGGUGUGGAUGAUUGGGUUUGGGUCCGGGUUCAAGUGCAACAGCGCGGCGUGGGAGUGCAUCGAGCCCGCGGCGAACGCGGAGGGGCCCUGGGCGACGUCGAUUCACAGGUACCCGGUGGACAUCCCGGACGUGCUCAAGCACUAACUGGCUGCGGCUUGGGCAUCGACAUGUUCUUUCGCUGAAAUUAAAUCGCGUGCGAAUAAUUGAGAUCUGUUAAACAACAUGUCUGUUCCAUCUGUUUAUUAUUAAUCCGAUAUGAUCCCUUUAUAUCACAGUAGUGUAUAAUAUCAUGCGUGUGUGCGUGGCAGGGCCAUGAAACAGGAAUGUUCUCACAAUAUGUUGUACACGGUAGGUAGCUCUCAGGUGUCUUUUUGUGCAGUCUUUGUGAUCGACCGCCGUUGCCGGCAAUAUUAACUGCUGUCAUUUUCGUUUGUGUGAGA